AGCGCCGUAUCGACCCACCGGCAGCCAGUGGCCAGCGGCGCGCCGACCGGCCGCCAUGUGACCGCGCCGACCUGCCGACAUCACCAUGGAGCGGCCGCCGCUGCUGGCCAUGGUGCCGCUGCUGCUGGCGCUGCUGGCCGCCAGUGGGGCCGCCGAGCGCGGCCGCGCGCCGCAGGGCAAGCCGUCGCGCGUGAUCCGCACCCGGCGCGGCAGUGUGCAGGGCGUCGAGGUGCACAACGGGCCGCGGCUGCCGCCCGUCGAGGCGUACCUGGGCCUGCCGUACGCGGCGCCGCCCACGCGCUUCAUGCCGCCCACGUCGCCGCCGAGCUGGUCGGGGGUGCGCGACGGCCGCUACUUCCGUCCCGUGUGCCCGCAGCAGCUGCCCGACCUCAGCAACCGGACGGCGGCGCUGCUCACCAUGCCGGCAGAGCGCUACGAGCGGCUGCUGCGGCUCCGACAGUUCCUCACCGACGAGAGCGAGGACUGCCUCUUCCUCAACAUCUACACACCGGCUACCGGUAGGAGAGAUGCGCGCGCCCGCUAUCCAGUCAUGGUGUAUGUGCACGGCGAGUCGUUCUCGUACGGCUCCCGUAGCGUGGACGGCUCCGUACUGGCCAGCUUCGGAGCCGUGGUGGUGGUCACCCUCAACUACCGGCUCGGGGUGCUCG